CCGCCUAUAGCGAGCGUUUGCCCUGGUACCUUACCUAGUAUGUUCAAAAUGCUGGCGUUAAUCCUAACUAGACCAGACUGAUGUGUUUAGCUCAGACGUUUUAACAACCAUGCUGUCAGUUUGAUAACCAGAGCUAAGCCCCAGAUGCCUUAAGAUCAUUACAUUACCUUUAGUAAGGGUUAAUGGCCGACAGAGCCGUACCAUUACACGCGUGCUGCUACGGAAACCACGGGGGGGUUGAUUGGAUGUACAUGGAGGAGAUGCUGAGAGAUGGAGAGCCUGACAGAUGUUAUGCGGUAGAAUUGGACAGGAGGCUGUUGGAGAGAAUCGGGCGUACAGCCACGCAGUCGUCCCACCAAGAUCACAGACCCCCGGAGACCGGGACUGCGAUGGAAGAAAUGAAGGAGUCUGGCAGGGCAGCAGGCAGGAUGUCAGCUAAAUCCCCCGGAAUCAACGGCGUGGAAAUCAAAGGAAGUGUGACCCAAAGGCCUGAUGAUCUACUUCAACGCAUCGGCAUUUUGGAAAAGCAAAGACAAGAGCUUCUGGACAUCAACAAGAAGUGGGACGAAUACUGCCAAUACUUGAAACGACAUUAUAUGCAAAAGAUAGACGUGCUGCGGGGCAGGCUGGCGACCUGGGAACUCGACCACAGGGAGGUGAGAGCGGGAAGGCCCCCCGUGGACAAGCCACAGAACCGAAACUUCGAGCAGAUUGCAGAAUUACGGGAAACGGAGAAGCAAGUUCAGCGUCUUACAGAGCAGAUCGCGACAUUGACCACAAGAGGGCAGCAACAGACCAGUGAAAUCCGGCGAUUGAAUCAGGUCCUGAUGGAAAGUCAGGAGGCGGUGGCUGUACGGGAGAAGGAGGUCAGGGAGGAGCUGGAAGUUCUCAGGUGGCAGGCAGACACAUACAAGGCUGACUUCAACCUGGAGAGAAAGGACAGGGAGAAGUUAAAGGAGAGGAACAUCGAGCUGGAGAUGAGGUUGGCCAAACUCUGCAGGGAGUUGCAGUCACUCAGGUCUCAGUCCAAUGGUCAGCAACACGCCACGCCCAUCCUGACCGGCCAUUCCUCUAACCCCACCCAGAGCACCAGGGAUGCUUCAGGAACCUAGAGCUCUGUGAGGACGUGCCGAUACUCCUGGAGUGUUUGUAUAUCUUGUAGCAAAAAUGUAAACACAGUAAUAUUUAUUCUAUGAUAUGUAUGUACAGGGAUUAUCAAAUAAAAUAGUUAAAUAUU